GGUUAGUCCUGGCCGCUAGCAGCGCUGUGAGGCCCGUUGCAUGCCGGGUAAUGUAGUCCCAUGGCGGUGACACCGGAAGUGGAGGCCGUGUUUCCGGUUGGUAUUAGCUGCCGGCUCGGCGCAGGCGCGUUCAUUCUCCGGCCUUUCCAGCCAGGCCCAGCGUGCGAGAGAGAGGCUCCAGGAGGUGAGAGCGGGGAGACACUGAGCGGGGGAGCGGGGGAGCGGGUGAGCGGGGGAGCGGGGGGGCCCCAUUAUACUGAGAACUGGGGGGAGAGCGGCUCCAGGAGGCGAGAGAGGGGGGGGGGACACAGCACAUUAUACUGACUGCCAGGGAGGGAUCGGGGAAAGGAGAGACAGCAUGGAGCGAGCACACUGUGCCUCUACGGCCCCACAUCCUAAAUUACUGACCCCAAGAGCUAGCAAUCUACAGCCAUUUACUGAGAGGGUCCCAGUAUACUGACCCCAAGAGCUAGCAAUCUAUAGCCAUUUACUGAGAGGGUCCCAGUAUACUGACUGCUGGGAGGGAUCGGGGAAAGGAGAGACAGCAUGGAGCCAGCACACUGUGCCUCUACGGCCCCACAUCCUAAAUUACUGACCCCAAGAGCUAGCAAUCUACAGCCAUUUACUGAGAGGGUCCCAGUAUACUGACCCCAAGAGCUAGCAAUCUAUAGCCAUUUACUGAGAGGGUCCCAGUAUACUGACUGCUGGGAGGGAUCGGGGAAAGGAGAGACAGCAUGGAGCCAGCACACUGUGCCUCUACGGCCCCACAUCCUAAAUUACUGACCCCAAGAGCUAGCAAUCUACAGCCAUUUACUGAGAGGGUCCCAGUAUACUGACCCCAAGAGCUAGCAAUCUAUAGCCAUUUACCGAGAGGGUCCCAGUAUACUGACUGCCAGGGAGGGAUCGGGGAAAGGAGAGACAGCAUGGAGCCAGCACACUGUGCCUCUACGGCCCCACAUCCUAAAUUACUGACCCCAAGAGCUAGCAAUCUACAGCCAUUUACUGAGAGGGUCCCAGUAUACUGACCCCAAGAGCUAGCAAUCUAUAGCCAUUUACCGAGAGGGUCCCAGUAUACUGACUGCCAGGGAGGGAUCGGGGAAAGGAGAGACUGCAUGGAGCCAGCACACUGUGCCUCUACGGCCCCACAUCCUAAAUUACUGACCCCAAGAGCUAGCAAUCUACAGCCAUUUACUGAGAGGGUCCCAGUAUACUGACCCCAAGAGCUAGCAAUCUAUAGCCAUUUACCGAGAGGGUCCCAGUAUACUGACUGCCAGGGAGGGAUCGGGGAAAGGAGAGACAGCAUGGAGCCAGCACACUGUGCCUCUACGGCCCCACAUCCUAAAUUACUGACCCCAAGAGCUAGCAAUCUACAGCCAUUUACUGAGAGGGUCCCAGUAUACUGACCCCAAGAGCUAGCAAUCUACAACCAUUUACUGAGAGCGUCCCAGUAUACUGACCCCAAGAGCUAGCAAUCUACAGCCAUUUACUGAGAGGGUCCUAGUAUACUGACCCCAAGAGCUAGCAAUCUACAGCCAUUUACUGAGAGGGUCCCAGUAUACUGACCCCAAGAGCUAACAAUCUACAGCCAUUUACUGAGAGGGUCCCAGUAUACUGACUGCCAGGGAGGGAUCGGGGAAAGGAGAGACAGCAUGGAGCCAGCACACUGUGCCUCUACGGCCCCACAUCCUAAAUUACUGACCCCAAGAGCUAGCAAUCUAUAGCCAUUUACCGAGAGGGUCCCAGUAUACUGACCCCAAGAGCUAGCAAUCUACAGCCAUUUACCGAGAGGGUCCCAGUAUACUGACCCCAAGAGCUAGCAAUCUACAGCCAUUUACCGAGAGGGUCCCAGUAUACUGACCCCAAGAGCUAGCAAUCUACAGCCAUUUACCGAGAGGGUCCCAGUAUACUGACCCCAAGAGCUAGCAAUCUACAGCUAUUUACAGAGAGGAUCCCAGUACAGAUACAGCUACCCCAUCCCAGUAUACUGACAGAACAUACACAUAUUGGCGGUAGUCAAGGUUUGUGUUUCCUAUUUUGCAUCACAUGAAAUACUUGUUUAUGUCUACAGACUUCAUUGGUGACCAAACUUUUAAUAAAAUGUAAGUAGUCAGCCACUCUGACUGGUACCCCGCAUUUCUUGUGAUACAUUAGUGACCAUGCUCGCCUCGGAUACAGAUAUUCACCGCUCUCGAUCAGUGAAUGGGGUUCAGAAGAGGGUUAUCCUGUCCUAUGAUAUACUCGCUGGGAAACUGGUGGAAACCCAUUUUUAUUUACUAAAUAGAAAGUUACUUAUCAGUUCAUCGCUUGGCUUAGCCUUGCUGCAUGGGUGCGGCUAUCUUUAAGUCCUCCUUGGUGGGAAGCAUAGUGACAAGGCCAAGCACAUGAUAUCUAAAAAAAAGUAUUCUCUGAGCCAGCUUCAUUCGUUUUACAAAAGGCCGCGAGCGCUCGGAUAUGUUGCUUCUCACCAAAGAGGGCAUACAGAGGGCUACUCCCGUGGCUAUACUUUUAUAUUUCAAUGGUUUAUGUAAAAUAAGAUAUUGUGCACUCAGUUGAUGAGUUGGAGCUCAGCGUGGGGAGUGCGAGGGGGUGUAUUUGCCAAACCCUGGAGUGAAUAUACAGCCAUCUUGGCCGUCCGAUUUAGAGCAGUUAGUUCUGUAAGUGGACCGUAGAGCUCUGUUUCAGUGGGAUGUAGUAUGCUGGUUUGGGUACAUGCUGAGUCAGCGGUUACUAGUGGUUCUGGUUACAUUGCAUCAAUGUGUCAGUUGCCCUUUUUAUUUGUUUGGUAACCUGCUUUUUGUGGUAUUCUGGAAUUUUGUUGUCAACAUGAUUAUUUUUUUUUAAAUCCAUACCGAUAGCCUCCAUUACUUUGCUCACCAUAAGGAACAUUACCUGUCCUAUUAUCCGACAUGAAGGCUGGGUCACUGUGCCCUACUGAUCUACUUCAAGCAGAUCUGAUACUUUCCAGUAUUUCAUAAAGAUAUAGAGGUACUUACUAAAGGGAGGGAGGUACUUACUGAGAGGGAAUUCUAAGUGAGCUUCAAAUUUAAGGCCAAAGUAGCCGAACUGAAAGCCUAGCGAACUUGGAGAAUUAUUCCUGUUCUGCUAGUUUGAAUGUAAAUUGGAAAUUCACUUUGAAUUCUCACAUUAGUGAAUAUCCCUAAUAAUCUUAAUGAAAUAUUGAUUCAAGGAAUAGUUUAGACAACAUACCUUAUUCAACUAAAUUAAGUUGUUAUGGUGUCAGAAGGCUCCUGGGUGCACUGUUACCUUGAGGGAUUAAACCCCAAAGUGAACCUUCAGUGCCAAUCCUCAGGUCUUCUGAAAUUUCAGGUUCAGUAAGAGCGGAGUGCCGCUGGGCAGGGGCGCCUCUAUCUGAGAGCAGUCAGCUGAUGCUCUAAGCCGAUUAGUGCCUUCUCAUUCAUAAAACUGGCUUGAAAAAGGUACGUUUCUUUUCUAACCAGUUUUGUGAAUGGAAACCACUCUCUGUAAAUCAGCGUUGCUCCUGCCCAGUGGCACACCCAGGUUCCUAAAAGGUUUAGAUGAGGUUAUGGUGCCCGGAGUGCCUUUUUAACAUUGUGUUGGCAUUCCAACGAAAUCCUAAGUAGGGACUACUUUGCCUUAUGGCAAAGCUUGAGGUUGACAAAAGGGAGCUCCUUUGUCCAGUCCCAGCAUUCAUCAGAAAUGGCAGCUGUGGGUUUUCGGGGUUUGUCUAUGGAGGGUCUCGCGGAUCCUGGCAACUGAAAUGACAAGAACCAAAGGGCACCGGUAUCGUGAAAAUUGCCUACGUCACAGGGGCAGCCGGAGAUAAGUAAAACUCCCCUCCCCAGCAUCCUGUGGCCACCAGACCCCAAGAGGAUCUGUCAGUUUCUGUUUCUAUGAAAUUUGUAAAGAUAUCCAAAAUUGGUAGAUCCGCUUUAAAUAUACAGUAUAGCCCUAAUCGGAUGUAGCUGAGCUGCGUUGUUUUGUUAAUCUAACAUCAGUGUUCCAUAGUGUGUGUGUUUGAUUAUUGUUACACAUUGUACACAUUCGGCCCAUCCAAUCUUCCCAAUUCUCUAAAUACUUUCAUUAGUCCCUGGCCUUAUCUCAUAGUUAGGAUAGCCUUAUGUCUAUCCCACGCAUGCUUAAACUCCUUUACUGUGUUAACCUCUAGCAUAGUCUUCACCAAACUCUGGCCAUCCAUAUUUUGCUGAACUACAACUCCCAUGAUUCUAUAAAUGAGUGAGUUGUAGUUCAGCAGCAUCUGGAGGGUCGGCGUUUGGGGAAGGCUUUUCCUUAUGACCAGAGUGUUUGCUGUUGUAAUUCUUUGCUUCAUGAUGUAUUUUAAAUGUUACAAAAUGAGCGAUACACACUUUAAAUGUGUCUGAAGUUUGCUUAGCUGACAUUGGUCUCCUUUAUACUCUGUCCCCCCAGAUUACUGAGAUGUGCUGAGCUUGGCAUUGUGGGAAGGCACGGGUACCUAUUCUUUUGUGCUAGAUUUUUUUUUUCUGCAUCUCUUUUCAUUACCUAAACAACAAUAUGAACUUUUAAAAUUUAAACAAAAAGUGUUUUCUUUGCAUAAAAAAGAUAGUAUCACAGUCAGUGUUUGCUGUUAUUUGUCUCAAUAUCAUAUUUUUGUUUUUCUAGAAUACUGUGUCAAUAUAGAAAAGACAAAAUAACAAAGUAUUCAUAACUUCCUUUACAUUAUCUGCAGGUUUGUGUGACCUCAAAAAGACCUCAAUAUGUCUCGCUUUUUUGCUACUGGCUCAGACAGUGAGUCUGAAGAAUCAGUUUCUGGAGAUGAGAUCCUUCCUAAGCCAGUGGGAGGCACCUUCGGCAAGCAGUGAGUGUCUCCUUAAUAUUACACCUAGCACAGGACCUAAAGGCAGGCAGAAAAUUUAUACUGUUUACGCUAAUUAUUAUUCAUAACGCGCCAACAAAUUCCACAACGUUGUACAAUAAGUGGACUCACAAACAAGUAGUUGCAACAAGACAUGUUACACAGGCAGGAACAGAAGAUGCUGAGGACCCUGCUCCAACAAGAUGAUAAUGGCACUCAGGGAAAUGGCAAACACUCUUUAUCGCUUCUGUUUAUAUUUGGCGUUUAGUACGUUUUAAGUCUAAUUUACAGAUUUAUUUUAUGUUAAGUAAAAAUGUGAAUAUAUCCAAGAGACUUAGGAUUGAUUGCAGCAAAGAUUUUGUUUUUAAAUGUUGCCUUUUUUUUAGUAGAAAUAUGUGAACACGGUAGCAAUAGUUUUUCUGCACUGGUCAGAUAAUCAUGCUUUUCUCUUCCCUGUCACAUUCUUCUUUACGUCUUUUCUUCCAAACCCGCAGGCCUCUCCUCCUCAGUGACGAUGAAGAGGACACGAAGCGAGUGGUGCGCAGUGCCAAGGAUAAGAGGUGGGUUCCCUUAUUCUGCCCAGGCUGUGAUUUAGUUUAAUCUUUGCCUCUGCCAGACGAUUUCAGAGACCUCUAGUUUGAAAUCAGUUGUCUACCUAUGUCCCCUGUUGUGUCUACCUAUGUCCCCUGUUGCUCAGUGUCUUAGAACAUGGAUGUCAAACACCCUUCCUAUGGCUGUCAGGGAAUUAUGCCAGUGGUACGCCAACAAAUUGUAAGGUUUUGGAGCUUGACAUCCCUAUAUUAGAAAAGGCCAUCUUUGUGCUUACUGGAUGACUUGAAAUGGCUAAAAAAUAUAUAUUUUUGCUGAGUUCUGAUGAGAUUUCCUAUGAUGUCUUUAUAUAAUAAAUGUAGUGAAUUAGGAUCUGACUGGCAAACUCUAUGGCGACCGUAGCAUGUUUGGAAAAAGCUCCUUUACUAUGGUCACAAUUUGGCUAUUACAGCCUACAUUUUGCUGUUAUUUGUUUACAUGAUUACAGGUGUGGCCCAUGGUUUUCUAAUAGACCGUGUCUGUCCUUCCUAGAUUCGAGGAGCUGACAAACCUUAUUAAAACCAUCCGCAAUGCUAUGAAGAUUCGGGACAUGACAAAAUGUCUGGAGGAGUUUGAGCAGCUCGGCAAAGCCUACGCAAAGGCCAAGAACAUUGUGGAUAAGGAGGGGGUUCCCCGCUUUUACAUCCGCCUCCUCUCUGAUUUGGAGGAUUAUUUGAAUGAGGUGAGACCCAGCUGUUGGGCUUAAUGUCAGGUCUCAUUCAGCUCUGCACAGUGCAUUUGAGCUUUAUAGUUUCAACAAACAGUCCCAUUUCCAGAACUGAGGGUAUAAUCAGGCUGAUUACUGCCGUGGUAUGGCCGCUAUCAUGUUACUAACUAUAUCUCACAACCUCAUGCUGGACAGGAGUCUAUGGGAUUGGAACAGACCAGAAUGACUGAGGUUUACCUGUAGCUUUUGUUUAUUUUAUGCAUUUUUAUAUAAUACACACCACCUCCGGCAUGGAGUGACCUGAAGCUAGUGAUGCGGAGGCAGGAUUGGGUAAACUGCGAUGCUCCCCCCCCUUGCUUCUCUUCUGUUUUUUUUUAUUUCACUGUGGUCACAAUAUUGGACCGUCCGUUCCUAAGCUUGCCAUUCCUGGUUGCAGAUACCUGUGCAUAUUAUCAAAGAUACUGAGAUAUGUAUAAUUAUCCCCAUUUAUCUGAUACAUAAUUGUUUAUCCAUAAGAGAGAGGAACAUUGUAACCAGUGCUGAUGGGUGUUGAUACUUGUUUCACAGCUAUGGGAGGACAAAGAGGGAAAGAAGAAGAUGAAUAAAAAUAACGCUAAAGCCCUGAGCACACUGCGUCAGAAACUGCGCAAAUACAACCGUGACUUUGAGACAUCAAUCAGUGCCUACAAACAGGUAAGGAGCCAGGUCUUUACACCUUUUACACUAUGUGAAAAUGCAAUUUUUAAUGAUUGUUUCUUGUAAACUGACUGGUGUCAUUCCGUGUCUCUCAGAAUCCCGAAGAGUCGGCGGAUGAAGACCAGGAAAAAGAUGAGGAUUCAGAUGGUGAGAAAUCUUUAGAUUCACUUUAAUGUUGUGUUUAGGGCGCCGAGGUGUGUAAUACUUUUCUUGGGAGAUGGACAUUUUAAAUGUGUUCUGUUUUGGGGUUCAUUGGUAAACUGCAUCAUAUGGGAAAGAGUGCUGACGUAAUGUGACUGGCAUCUAUGUCCAGCCUAGAGUCUCUUCGCUGUCACUUUGAAUGUUGGGGGUUAUUUUUAUUUUAUUUUUUUAUGACACAAACAUAUAAUUAUCACUUUUCUAUCAGCUUCAUCUUCCAGUGAUGACGACGACGACGAUGACGACAAGGAUGAAGGGAUGAGUGCCAGCAAGUUUCUGAAGAAGGUGGAAUCUGCCCCGCCUGAUACUCGCAAUAAAUUCUUGAAGAAAGCAGAGGUAGGCCAGAUUCUCCUGUGCUAGCAUCUCUCUUGCUUGUUAAUCUUAGAUUUACCUCCUCCUUUCACGUUUAUACACGUUCAUGUCUUUCAUCUGCAAAAGUAAAUUACUUCAGUACCCUCAUAACCACUCUCUCCUGUCAACCCAAACGACUAUUUCACGCUUCUAACUCUCCUCUUAGCCCGGUUGCUCCUCCUCCUGUCUUAACCGCUACAAACUUUGCUGACAAGAUCUCUACAAUCAGGGAAGAGAUCUCUCUCCUUCCCCUUACAAAACUUCCCCCAGCCUCACUCCCUCUGCUGUUCUGUGUUCAUUCACAUCCGCUACAGUGGAAGAGGUUUAGGCUCUGCUCUGGUCCUCCCACCCCACCACCUGCUCCCUAGAUCCAAUUCCCUCGCAUCUCAUUCAUACUCUCUCCUUCUCUUUCUCCACUUCUCACUAAAAUUCUCAAUCUUUCCCUCUCAUCUGGCAUAUUUCCAUUACCCUUCAAACAUGCGAAUAUAACCCCGAUUCUUAAAAAAAAAAAAAAGCCCAACCUUGGCUCCAACUACCGUCCUAUCUCGCUACUGCCUUUUGCGUCCUAGAUCCUUGAAAGAGUUGUGUAUAGGAGAUUGACAGACUUGGAGUUCGAUUCUCUGCUAGACCUGCUUCAGUCUGGUUUCCGCGCAAAGCACUCUGUGAAAACUGCUCUGACCAAAGUAUCCAAUGAUCUACUCGCUGCAAAAUCUCGUGGUCACUACUCUAUCCUAAUUCUCCUUGACCUUUACGAUGCUUUUGAUACUGUUCAUCAUCAACAGCUUCUUCUCAUCCUCCGCAAUAUCGGUCUACAAGAUAUUGCUCUCUCCUGGUGCUCCUCCUACCUCACCCAGCGCUCUUUAAAAAAAAAAAAAAUUUAUUGUCUCUUUCCUUGGCUCUGCCUCUUCGUCCCAACCUCUCUCUGUUCAGUCAUUGGUCCCCUACUGUUCUCGAUCUAUACUGCCUCCCUAGGUAAACUCAUCAGCUCCUUUUGGAUUCCAAUAUCAGUUCUAUGUGGAUGACACGCAAAUCUAUCUCCCUUCCCCUGAUCUCUCCUCGCCCCUCUUGACUAGUGUCUCUGACUGCCUCUCUGCUAUUUCUAACUGGGUGGCUGCCCAUUUCCUUAAGCUCAACUUGUCCAAAACAGAACUUCUGGUCUUUCCUCGCUCGUGUUGUUACUCCCGUUUGUGUCUCCUUCCAUGUUAAUGGUGCUACUAUCCACUCAACCACACAGACUCGCUGCCUAGGUGUUCUCUUUGACUAUGACCUCUCCUUCACCCCUCAUGUCCCGUCGAUCGCAAAAUCCUGCCACUUCCAUCUAAAAAACAUUGCAUGCAUCCGCCCCUACUUAAUGCCAGAUGUGGCUACGGUGCUUGUCCAUUCACCUGUCCUUUCUCACCUUGACUACUGUAAUCCGCUUCUCAGUGGUCUUACGUGCUCCCAACUUGCCCCGGUACAGUCUAUAAUGAAUGCGUCGGCAAGGCUUAUCUUCCUGUCCGCCCACGCCUCAUCCCUCUGUCAGUCCCUAUAUUGAUUUCCCAUAAAAUAUAGGGAUCUACAUAAAAUUCCGGUUCUUGCUUUCAAAUCUCUAUAUAAGACUACUCCCACCCAUCUAUCAUCCCUAAUACACAAGUAUGUCCCGUCUAGGCCCCUACGCUCUGCCGAAGACCUACGUCUAUUCUCUGUUCGUACUCCCAGCUCUGCUCACAUUUAAGAUUUCUCUAGGGCUCCUAUGGAACUCCCUUCCCUUUUCCAUUAGAUGCUCACCCAGUCUCCACUCCUUCAAAAAAAAUAAUUAAAAACCCAUUUAUUCACAAAAGCGUAUCAAACUGUUAAUGGCACCAAAAGAAAACCACACUUAAGUCUUCAUUGAAUAAUCUACUUCCCUUACCUUUUGUGUCACUUUACCCCAAUGUAAGCUCAUGCCCUCAAUCCCUCUGUUUCUGUGCGUCAAACUUGUCUGGUUACAAUUUCAUGUUUGUUAGUCCACCAUUUGUUGGCGCUAUAUAAAUAUAAUAAUCUAGCCAUUUUUUUUUUUUCUUCGUUUGCUUGUGUAUGUUAAUGUUCCUUCCGUGACCCCACUGGUAACUCACGUUCCCUUUCUACAGGAUGAGGAAGAUGAGGAGGAAUCAUCAGAUGAUGAAGAUUGGGGUUCAGAUUCUGAAGACUCUGACUCAGAGUCAGAGGAUGAUCAAGGGAAUCGAACAUCCCUGGCUUCAAAAUUCCUUAAAAAGUGAGUAGCACAACUCGCAUUGGCCAAAUAUCCAAGAUUGACCUGUUGAAUGUAGCAAAGCCUUGUUAAAGCAAUGAAACGCUACUUUUUCAUCCUUUUGGCGUUUUUCAUAUUCACAUUUGGCUUCAGUUUAAGUAGACCGUCCCAUUACUUUAUUCAAAGGCAUUUCUGUGUGGAGUCCAUAAGUAGAAUGCCUUCCACUACUAGGGUAAUGUCUAUAGUCUGGUCUGUGAAUUUAGUUUUUUGUCAUAAAUUACCAACAUUCUAGUUCGGGUAGUUGGUCGCUCUCACCCCCUUAAUUAUUUUUGAUUGUGCCAUUUCAUGAUUGUAGGGUAGCUACUGAGGGUGACCGCCAGGCUCAAGAGAAGAAGAAAGAGGACAAAGCCAAGAAGAAGCAACAUCGCAAAGUAAAAAGCAGAGAACAUGAGGAUGACAUAGAGGAAGAGGAUAAUGAAGCAGGUGGCGAGUGGGAGAAGGUGAAAGGAGGAGCUCCCAUGGUCAAGGUAAGCGAGAGCCUGAAUCAUGCCCUGACCUUUCAUGUUCUUUUGUUUCCUCGCUCAUUCCUUUCCAUCUCUCUCUUCACAAGGAAAAACCCAAGAUGUUUGCUAAAGGCACAGAGAUCACACCAGUGAUUGUGGUCAAAAAACUCAAUGAAAUUCUGCAGGCCAGAGGGAAAAAGGGCACUGACAGGUGAGCACCGAUGGAAAGUAAGUUGCAAAUUGCUGGGGUCUGAUUUAUUGCACAUUUUCACUAAACUCUGACUCUCCUCCUCCAGAGCUGCUCAGAUAGAGCUCCUUCAACUCUUGGUGGGAAUCUCCGAGGAGAACAACCUGGGUCAGGGUAUCUCCAUCAAAAUAAAGUUCAACAUCGUUGCCUCUCUGUACGAUUAUAAUCCCAAUCUGGCUGCCUUCAUGAAGGUAUAAAGAUUGUCUACACACUGUCAUGAGUGACUUGAUUCAUUGAAUGCUGCGUUGUCUAAUUAAUGGACAUGAUGGUGGAAUUCCUGGUGGCCAACUGAUUUCUUUUUUUCUUAUUUGAUUUUCAGGCUGACAUGUGGAAGAAGUGUCUGGAGUGUAUCCAUGAUCUGCUUGACAUCUUGUUUUCAAAUCCCAAUAUUUUUAUCGGGGAGAAUAUUGCUGAAGAUUCAGAAAACCUUGCAAACCUAGAUCAGGUAUUAAUAUAAACUACUCUAUUGGGAUUAUCUUCUGCCUUCAGGCAUCAUACACCACUACGAUAUUCCCCAUACUGCGAUUCUGGAUACAGUAUAUAACAUUUAUAUUCUAAUUUGUCUGUUAUGUAUGCCAAGAAGCAGACAAAUUGCUCCCAAACCUCUCUAGAACUCCAGCCUGCAAUAAUGGUGUUUUUUUGUAUAUAUAUUUAUUUUAAUUUUAUUUUUUUAUAGCCCAUUCGUGUGCGUGGCUGUAUUCUCACAUUGAUUGAAAGGAUGGACGAGGAGUUCACUAAAAUAAUGCAGAACACGGAUCCACAUUCUCAAGGUAUGCUGAAAGCCCCGGUCUAGGUGUGCUCAGAUCAGGCAAUGGGUGAGAAGAGCAGUAGAAACGAACGCAGCUUUUCCCUACGCUUUGCUUCCUUAAUAUCAAUGUUCUUGAAACUUUUGCACCUACCAUUGUGUCACUGCCAGGCUUUAUAUUUCAUCAAAAUAAUAUAUUUCAUGACUUUUGGGUUUUAACACAACUGUUUAAGGAUAAUGGACAUUAUAAUUAAUUGUAGCAAGCCAGAUUUUGCAGGCUUUGAGCAUUUAAUUUGCUUUCGGUUGGUGAUGAGACUUCCCAACAUGCGCUAUUUUUAUACAUUUCUUUUGCCUGUCAGAUUGAGUGCCCUGGCAGACUCUGUAAAAUCGUGCUAAGAGCUAACCUCUUCUCUCCAAUGUCUGUCUCAUGCAGAGUACGUGGAUAAUCUGAAGGACGAGGCUCGUGUGUGUGAAGUGAUUGAGCGGCUUCAGCGUUACCUGGAAGAGAAAGGAAGUACGGAGGAGAUCUGCAGGGUCUACCUCCGUAGGAUCAUGCACACUUACUACAAAUUCGACUACAAAGCCCACCAGAGGCAGAUGAGCAGUGAGAGCGAUUCUAAGGUAACUUCCCCACUACUCCUGGGUUCUGUCAGGCUUUAUCCAUCAUAACUUGUUUGGCACAGGAACCUGGAGUCCAACUCUCCAUUUCUGAAUGGUCCCACCAAGCCCUGGCAGACUCCAUCCUCGCGUGUCGGGGUUAGAACUGGAGUUUGACAUAACCUUUCCCUAUAUUCCACCCAGCCCUAUCUCAAUGCAAAGGAGGAUAAAAGUAAAUUUUAUAGAACACUAUUACAAUACCAGCUCUCCACGUGUACCCAUUGCCUUGACACAUGCCUGCCUGACUUCCCUUGCCAAUAAUAAUCUGGUUCCACUUAGUUGUAAAAUAAAAUGUCUGUCACCUGUGUCCAUGAGUUGACAUUCCCUGAGGACCGUGCAUCUGAUCUUGUUUUUGAUACAAGAUACAAAAAUGUAAUUGAAGUGGGCUCUUGGCAGCAAAAUCUGGCUCCUGUAACCGUUGCCAUGGAAAGCCAGUUCCAUGUUGUAUUGAAGUUUUGUUUGUGUUUUGUUUUCCAGUCUGAGCAGGACCAAGCUGAGAACGAGGCAGAAGACAGUGCCAUCCUCAUGGACAGACUCUGCAAGUAUAUUUAUGCCAAAGACAGAACAGACAGAAUUCGAACCUGUGCCAUACUUUGCCAUAUUUACCACCACGCUCUUCACAACCGCUGGUUCCAAGCCAGAGACCUGAUGCUUAUGUCCCACCUACAAGACAACAUCCAGCACGCAGACCCUCCUGUGCAGGUAUUGAGCCAUUAUAUGGAAGACAAAACAUUCACAUGAAUUCAGAAAGAGAAUUGUCAGGAUGUACAUUUUUGGCUUGUUUUGAAAACUUUUAGAGAUCCAAACAACUGAUUUAGUAAUUGUAGCAAUGAUUCCUAAUUGACAGAGUUUGAUGUGUUUCUUGGGGGGAAGGAAAUACCAGACUAUCAAUUCUGUACAGUUGGAACUCUAACCUUUAUCAAGCUAAAGCUUAUGUAUGUUGUAAACUGAAGGAGUAAAAAAACACAUUUUUAAACUGCAACCUGUCCAUUUUGGCCUGAAUGUUGCCACUAGGUUUUCAGUUUAACAAAAUCACUGUCUAGUAAAUUAACCUUCAUUAUAGACGGCUUAUGUUAAAUAAACACGUGUUUGUAUUUAAUGCACUAACACUACAACAUUUUACUUUGAUUUUCUAAGGAUUAGUAUUUGAAACUGUCAGGAUUUUAAGCUUACAUAUUUUGUGUAAUACUAGCAAAUCGAGCAGAACUUUAAAUCUUGUGAGAUCUACUUUUGUUUUAUUUAAUUUAUUGUGUUUCAGAUCUGUGAUAGAAAACUGUUAGUCAUGUUUAAAUGCUAAUGUUGCAUUUAUGUAUUUUUUUGUAACACAAUUUAUUUCUUCUAUCCUUCUAGAUUUUAUAUAACCGAACCAUGGUGCAGUUGGGUAUCUGCGCAUUCCGGCAGGGAAUGAUUCGAGACGCCCAUAAUGCACUGCUUGAUAUCCAAUCCAGUGGACGAGCCAAAGAGCUCCUGGGCCAGGGAUUGUUAAUGAGGACCAUGCAGGAGAGGAACCAGGAGCAGGAGAAGAUCGAGAAGAGGCGACAGAUCCCAUUCCACAUGCACAUUAACCUGGAGCUGUUAGAAUGCGUGUACCUAGUGUCUGCAAUGCUGCUGGAGAUCCCAUACAUGGCCGCACAUGAGUUUGAUGCACGCAGGAGAAUGAUCAGCAAACAGUUUCACCACCAGCUGCGUGUUGGAGAGAGACAACCUCUACUGGGUGAGGAACAGGGCUGGAAAGCAAGGUCCAGGGCUGUGUAUGCAGCACCAUUAAUACGGUCUUCAAAAAGAAACGGAAAGGUUUAUGGUUCCCAUUUUUUGGCAUUUAAAAUAAAAAAUGGUUGCCCUUCACCUGUUCCUUUCUGGAGUUCUCUUGGGUUCUUCAGGCGAUACUGGCAGUGUAGAUAUUAGAUUUUGACUUUUAAUUUUUUUAGGACCUCCUGAGAGCAUGAGAGAACACGUGGUGGCUGCCUCCAAGGCCAUGAAAAUGGGAGAUUGGAAGACAUGUAAGAACUUUAUCAUCAACGAGAAGAUGAAUGGGAAGGUGUGGGACCUGUUCCCCGAGGCUGAGCGAGUGCGGAACAUGCUCAUUAGGUGAGGGAAAGGGGUCUUCACUAGAUGGCACUACUGUUCUGGAUUGUGGGGGGACAACGACAACUUUUAAUCUGCCUUAUUUUAUUCUAAAACAAAUUGCAUAUUUAAAUGUUUCUGCUGCAGGAAGAUACAGGAGGAAUCGCUGCGCACUUACCUUUUCACCUACAGCAGUGUGUAUGACUCAAUCAGGUAAGACUUUGGAAUCCCUGGUUUUGUUGUUAGCCAUAUUUCCUCCACACCCUGAGCUGUAAAGUUAAAUGAUCUGUUUCUCUUGCAGGAUGGGAAUUUUAGGGGAAAUGUUCCAGCUCGAGAUUCCGACUGUGCAUAGCAUUAUCAGCAAGAUGAUCAUUAGUGAGGAGCUUAUGGUGAGUUGGACUUCAAUGCCCAGCAAUCUUUACAGGACUUUUCUGGUCCAUUCCUGGGGGAGAUUUGUUCUUUUUCAGCUGGCUGUUACUUACUCCAUGCUUGUCCAUUUAGGCAUCUCUUGACCAGCCCACCCAGACGGUGGUGAUGCACGGCACAGAGCCCAGCUCCCUACAGAACACGGCACUGCAGCUGGCUGAGAAGCUUGGCAACCUGGUAGAGAACAAUGAAAGGGUAUUUGACCAUAAGCAAGGCAGCUAUGGUGGAUACUUUAACAGAGGUGAGGAUAACUGCAGGUCUCCUGCCUAUUUUAACAUCUUCUAUGCCAUCUCCCGAAUAUUUGACUUGCUCUAAAGGAUACGCCAUACUUUCUGAUAUCCUGAAAGAGGGCCCACCAUAGAUACUGGUGGCUUGCAGGUGGUCUCCCCUACUACUGUCCUCUUUACUAUUAAUUUGCUUGUUUUGCUGGAUUCUAAUCGUAUACAAAUGCAUAUAACUCCUGCAAUGCUGUCUUAUCAUCUUUUUUCCAGACCAGAAAGAUUCCUACCAGAGGAAGGAAGGAGGAGGUGGAGGAUAUGGUGGCGGAGGUGGAUACGGCGGUGGAGGACAUGGUGGCGGUGGAGGUGGAUACGGCGGUGGAGGACAUGGCGGCGGAGGUGGAUACGGCGGCGGAGGACAUGGUGGCGGAGGUGGAUACGGAGGAGGACAUGGUGGCGGAGGUGGAUACGGAGGAGGACAUGGUGGCGGAGGUGGAUACGGAGGAGGACAUGGUGGCGGAGGUGGAUACGGCGGAGGACAUGGUGGCGGAGGUGGAUACGGCGGAGGACAUGGUGGCGGAGGACAUGGCGGUGGCGGAGGAUAUGGUGGCGGCGGAGGAUAUGGCGGAGGUGGAUACGGCGGUGGAGGAUAUGGCGGCGGUGGAUACGGGAGGAGAGGAUACAACAGACGUGACCAGCAAAACCAUUGAGUUUCAGUCCUAGACUAUGCUACCAUUUAGAUGGUGUGAUCAGCGCUUUCUGUUCCAAUUCUAUAUCAAUCUUUAUUUAGUAAAUAAAGGGAUAUGGCUGUAAGUUACACCGACUUAUGUCUUUGCUGUCUGCCUAUCACAGGCUGUUUUGCCAGAUCCUUCCAAGUCCUCGCUCUGCCUGGCUCUGUUAAUGUUUGUUGUCUCCUUGAUCUCUUUCCGAUUCCUGUUUAUUGCUUUGAAGAUUAAACUCCCAAAUAGUGAAUUUUAACGGAGAUGUUCUUCAUUUCAAUAAUGUCAAAUGGAUCUGAGGUCUACGAGCUCUACAAUCACCAUGGAAACAAUUGGUUAUUAAUGUGGUUUUUGGCCCAUUUUUUUCGUCAAUCUUGCUAUUCUACAUCUCCCAGAUUUAUUUCUUUAAAAUGCCUUGACCUUCCAUCUCCAAGCUUGCCAGAUCCACAACCUUUUAUAAAUGGUUUUAACAGAAAGUGUUUUGUUUUCAUUUAUUUACAAAUCUGUAAUUUUUAUACAUUCUGGGCUGCUUCAGUUCAUUUUGAAGAGGGGUGGCAGAUUUAAAGAGGAAACACAAUGUCUUUUUGCACCUUUAAAAAAUAAAUAAAUAAAUAAGACUAUAAUUACUGCAGAAUAAAGUUCAGUAGUAUGUGGUAUCAGCACUUCCUUUAG